CACUAGCCCCGGUCUUCUAUAUAGUAGGCUGCAUUUCCAUAGGUACUGGCUACAGGGUCGGAAAUUAAUUGUGCUUGUGGCAAAAAUGUCACCAUAAUUUACAAUAAUGGUGCAAGAAGUGCUUAAUUUUCUACUCUAGGCCUAGUUAUGCAUUUUAUCCCUCGUUGAUUUCAAUGAACUGGUUAAAUUGAAGUAUUUAUCCUAAAAUAAUUAUGUACAGUAUAUUUUUAUAUAGUUAGGGGAAAAAACGGCCCCCAUGAAGAUUAAAAAAAAAAAAAAAAAUAUCUGAGAAUCAAAUGCAGUUGGCAAACAUUGCCCCUUAAUUAUAAAGUCAAUUUCUGACACUGGUAUUCUAUAGUGUAGAAGGCCCGUGGCAUCACAAAAAAGAAAGAAAUCAUUGUUGGUGUCCAGAAGCCUCAGCGAUGUCUGUACUCGCGCGCCCUCCACUGUGCUGCAUUAAAACUGCCUUCACUUAAGAGACUUAGCUCACCAUAAAAAUUGGCACCGCUCGGCGUCUCCAUCCCGCUGUACUCUUAGGAAUACAAAGUUCUUAUCUCGCUCCACACGUUGCUUGUCGGUCUGCAUUAACAAACAGCAUUGUGUUCGCGUGAGCGCGCGGGAGGGGGGCGGAGAGCUUGUGUAUAUAAGCGCUCCUGUACAUGCAUGUGCGCAUGAGACUCAAGCGAGCGCGACUCAGUGAUGCACGAGUGCAUUUAAAAGUGCGAAACUUUGCUGUCGAAUUUAUUGGAUUACCAUCAUUUCUGCCACAUCAGGGACUUGGAUAGUAAAAUGGAUUUGAGGAUUAUUUUCCCAGUGUUAUCAAUGCUGUCUUCUGGAUUUUUUGACUUGGUGACCCCAGCAUCUUUGAAUCAAGUGGCAACAUCAGGCACAUCAAUCUCUGCGCGUCACUCCAGGACUAAGCGAUGCUCCUGCGCAAGUUUUCUGGAUAAAGAGUGUGUCUACUUUUGCCACCUGGACAUAAUAUGGGUCAACACACCAGAGCGAAUCGUGACCUAUGGACUUGGAAACGCUCCACGCAAGAAGCGUUCAGUCACAGAACCUGUUGUGCCCAAACCACGCUGCAAAUGUGCAGAUAGCCAAGACAAAACAUGCUCUUCAUUCUGUCAACCGAACAAUGCGUUACGGUAUAAGGCUGCGUCAGACAGGGCGAUCCCUGCCGCCCUGGGCCACAAUUGUGCCGAGAAGCAAUGCAAACACAACCUGGCAGCCCAUCAGAUGAUGAUUAGAAGGGUGAAAAACAGAGAGCAGAUCAGUGAUGCCCCCUCCAGACUGAAAACCACCAAGAAGAUUCGUCUUCUCCUGAAGAAAUGGCGGGUGAGGCAGCACCACAGGGCCCGAGCAUGGGCGGCCGAAAACGCUUCCUCCUAGAGACCGGCAUCAGAUUUAGUUGAUCCACUUUAUGCAAAAGGAUUUAACUGAACAAGAACCAAGAACUCCUCUGCACAUCAUGUGGUAUAUUGGAAUACCUGAAAAUGCAUUCAUCUUUGAUUCGGGUGUUUGCCAUGUGGUCUCCAUCCCAGGGGCAUCAGCACCAGGGCACAAGUGAGGGGUGUGCAUCUCAAUGGGAACCAUGGAGGAUGAAUCAGACCUCUGCAGGAGAGACUGUCUGAACCAAAUCAAACCUCAAAGUCUCUACUAACCUCUGUCAAAUGGUCUGAUGUAGAACUAGAACUCUAAGCGCUAAUAAGGGAUAACUCUAAGGGAUGAUUAAGCUGAGAAGCCACUGCUACUUUGGUAGAAACAAUUAAGAUUAAAAUGACCUGAAGACUUUGCAUGGAAGACACUUCUUGCAUGGGAGGACUAUGCUGUAAUUCAACGAAUCAGACACUUGCAGACCACAGAAACCAAAGGCAAAAUUCCCCAUAAUGGAACAUGAACAUUCAAAAACUACAAGCGAUAGAUACUGGUGAAAGAAUAGUUCUGGUGUAAUACUGAAUCUAGUAGUUCUUAUCUGUAAUGUGACUGAUUUACUUUAUACAGUGUAAAUGAAGCUCUGAAAUUGCCUCUUUGCAUAUAUUGUUCAUACAUGUUAAAUAUGUAUCUUUAAAUAAGCCAUAUUGGCUAAAUAGAUUGUUAACAAUAUUUCUAUGAAAUUAUAAAAUUUUACUGCCAUUAUUGUGGUAUGGAUUGUUAGGUAAUAAAUAACUUGCAUAAUUUAAAUGACCUCAGUUGCUUGUCAUU